AUAGUUAAUUUUUCUAAUUUUUUUGUCCAUUUCCCACCGUCAGCUUUGCCUGUUCAUGCCUGUAUGUGGUGUUUAGCUCCACUGCUGUGGGCUGUGCUCGUGUUUUCUCACUAAUCCAUCAGCGUGCAGGUGCAUCUUUGACGCUGAGGAUGUUUUUCUCUGCAGCUCGGGACCCUGGAUGGUGAAAUCGGCUGUAAUUGUUGCUGCGCUGUUCCCGCUGCGGCCUGCAGGUGGCGCUGUUCGCACACAGUUGAGGCAGCCAGCGGUUCGGGCUGAUUGAUCCACAUGUUUUACUUCAUUAUGAUUCAUCAAAGCGCUGCCAACAUAUCAUCUGUCCCUGUUGGUUUGUGGUGACGAACAGUGCGUAAAAACGCGCAGAACAACGAGUCGCCUCCUGUUUUCUUUUUCUUUUCUUUCUUUUUUUUUUUUUUGCUGUGACUUUUAUUCCGACCCAGAGGAGCCGCUCUGAGCAUGCGCGCUGCAUCGAUUCUUCUAUGGGGACGGGGAGGACAUCACGGAAAAAAAACGUAGCAGCAGCAGCACCACAAACCCCACGCCGAGAUUUCUGCCUCUCCGCUGCGCCAAAACUGCGCGACGGACGCGGCCCACGACUAUGCCCGGAGCGGCGGCGAGCAGCGGAGCGACCCCUUGACAGGCCUGGCCGAGGUCUGAGCCGUUCGCCGGGAGGGGAAAUACAUUUCUUCAUAUGGGAGCAGCAUGCGGGAAAUGGUCGGAGGCUGCUGCGUGUGUUCCGACGAGCGAGGCUGGGCUGAGAACCCGCUGGUUUACUGUGAUGGACACGGCUGCAGCGUCGCCGUUCACCAAGCGUGCUACGGCAUCGUCCAGGUGCCCACCGGCCCGUGGUUUUGUCGGAAGUGUGAGUCACAGGAGCGAGCGGCGCGAGUGAGAUGUGAGCUGUGUCCCCACAAAGAUGGCGCCCUCAAGAGGACGGACAGCGGAGGCUGGGCCCACGUCGUCUGUGCGCUCUACAUCCCAGAGGUCCAGUUCGCCAAUGUGCUCACCAUGGAGCCCAUCAUCCUGCAGUACGUCCCUCAUGAGCGAUACAUCAAGACGUGUUACAUCUGCGAGGACCACGGCAGGGAGAGCAAGGCGGCCUGCGGAGCCUGCAUGACCUGCAACCGGCAGGGCUGCAGGCAGGCCUUCCACGUCACCUGCGCUCAGAUGGCCGGCCUGCUGUGUGAGGAAGAAGGCCCAGAAGCCGAUAACGUGAAAUAUUGUGGCUACUGCAAGCACCACUACAACAAAAUGCAGAAGAAGUUGCGCUCAAGUGAAAAUACGAGCAGCACCUUCAGCCACUCCAGGGGGCGCUCCAGCUCACCGUCGCAGGAAAAACAGCAUCAUCACCACAGACAGAGGAAGAGCCAUAAGGACAAAAUCCGGCAAAAAGAGCGGCACAAGAAGUCUACCGACAGCCUGGGCUCCUCGGUGACGUCAAGCAGCAUAGAAAAGAUCUCCUCCAGUCACCACGGCAGCAGCAAAGACGGCGAGGGAAAGUCCAAAAAGCUGAGCUCGCACAGUCACGGCCAUCGCAGCAAGAAGCCAGGAAGCACCGGGAAGAGCUGCUCCUCGUCCUCCUGCUCCUCCAGCCCCUUCAACCCAGGCGGCUCGCUGUCCUCCACUCAGGAUUUCCAUCAGUUCUCGUCUUCUUCCCGCCUGGAGCGCGACCACGACCGCGGCGACGGUGGCGGCGGCGACCACCACAGCGGGGAGGACCGCAAGGAGCGCCACCGGAGGCCGGCGGUGCACGAGGACGAGGAGGAGGAGGACGAGAAGGAGGAGGACAAAGACGAAGAGGAGGAGGAGGAGGAAGAAGAGGAGGAGGAGGACUGUAAAUACCACAAACCGCCGGCGUUGACGCCCGCCGACGGGCCGCUGGCGGCGCCGCAGAGCCACGACCGGUCCGACGGCAACUCCAGCCCCUUCGAGAACAAGGUGACCAUCUCCACGUUCGGCUCCAUCAUGCGCAUCACGUCGUCGUCGGGCCUCGGCAGCAGCAGCAAGAUCCGCAAGAUCUCGUCGUCGGGCGACUACAAGCCCUCCAAGUCGCUGUGCAAGCAGCUGAGCACGCCGCCCAUCCUGGAGGAGGCGGACCUGGAGGACAAGGCCACGCCCCCGCCGCUGCCCCGGGAGAGGCGUCACCGCGGCAACAAGAAGAGCCGCCACGGCCCGGGGCGUCCUCGCGGGAGCAAGAACCGCGAGAGGAGGGACGAGGAGCAUCACCACCACCACCACCACGCCUCGGCGCCGCCUCCUCCCCCUCCUCCUCCUCCUCCACCGCCGCCUCCGCCGCCAUCUUUGACCUCCUCGCUGUACCCAAGCCCCUCCUCCAUCCCCCACCCCGCCUUCCCCUCCUCGUUGCCGCCCGCCGCCGCCGCCACCACCUCCUCCUCUUCCUCUUCCUUCUCCUCCUCCUCUGCUGGCAGUUUUUCGACGAGCCGCGGAAACUCGCUGCUCGGCUCCGGUAUCUACUCCAGCCUCAAGGACCCUCUCACGCUGGGCGGGGGUGUCUGCAGCACGCCCCUGUCUCUGGGCGGAGGCGUCUGCAGCACCUCCUUGUCCCUGGGAGGGGGCAUGUGUAGCACCCCGCUCUCCUCAGGACUCCUUCCAUCCCACGUCUCCUCGCUGUCGCUUCCCUCAAUCAACGCCGUCUCCAACACGCAGGUCCAUCCAGGUUCCAGCGCCUCCUACAGCCUGACCUCCUCUCAGCCCUUCGCCAGCUGUCUGUCCACAGCCCCGACACUGCCGCCACUACUGAGCCAAGCCCAGACCUCACUGCCAGAGUCCGACCUCGAUGACUGUCGCUUCCCGUGUCAGGGGAACUCGCCGAGAGAGAGUCUUUCCUCGCAGUCUCCGAUGAGCUGUCUUCCCCUCCUGUUCGACCAGAGAGACGGACUCGGCGCCGGAGUCCGAGCCCGGCCGGAGAACGUCCCCCCGGCCAGCUCCCACAUCGAGCUGCUGCUGGAGAAGCACGGCAACGGGGAGAUGGGAGUCAACAUCGUGGAGAUGCUCCAGUCGCUUCACUCGCUGCAGCAGGAGAACCAGCGCCUCCAGGACCAGAUCCUCAGUCUGACGGCCAAGAAGGAGCGUCUGCAGCUGCUCAACACGGAGCUGGCCGUGCCUUUCCCUCCCCACGCGCUCUCCGCCCAGGGAUCCAUGCACACGUCCGCCCAGAUCAACUUCCUGUCGUCCAGCCAAGACCCCCUGAGCACCAACAAGAGCCCCCUGUCCAAAAGCUGCUUCCUGAAUGACACCUCCUUCGUUACCUCGUCUGAGGAGCUCCACUCCGGCAGUCCGUCCCGCAGCAGCUCCUCGCUGUCCUUCCAGAGCACGCCUCCCCCCCAGCAGAGUCCCGCCUCCUUCGGCCAGCCGCUGCUCAACGGCCUGAGUCGAGGCCUGAGCGACGGCCUGGGCGGCAUGGGCCCGGCCGGCGGCUCCUCGCUGCCCGUGGUGGGCGGCCUCAUGGCGUCGCUGGCAGGAAGUCCUCAGCUGGCCAUGAACGGCGUGCUGGGCGGCCUGAACGGCGUCAUCCAGUCCCCGGCGCAGAACCCUCCCCAGCCGUCGCUUCCCGCUCUGAGGCCUCAGCCGCCGCCGCUCAACCCCCAGACGCUGGCUCAGGGCUUCCAGCUGCCCAAGAGCGUCAGCCCGUCUUCUCUACUGUCUGAGCAGCAGAAGCAGCUUCUCCUCGAGCAGCAGCAGCAGCAGCAGCAGCUCCAGCAGUUCCUCACCUCCCAGAACUUCACGCCCGAGCAGCAGGUGGUGGUGUGCCAGAUGCUGCAGCAGCAGAGGCAGAGGGAGCUGCAGCGCCUCACCCUGACCGGAGCGCUCGCCUCCACCCCCAACUCGCCCAUGAUCGCCCAGUCGCCCAGCCUGCUGUCCUCGGCGUCGCCGCUGCAGGGAGGCCAAGGGGGGAGUCUGUUCGGCCUGCAGGACAACGCACUUCACAAGCCCGGGGUGAGUGGCGCCCCCUACAGGCACGCUGAAGGACGGCAGAACACAGAGCUGCUCGGAUCAGAACAGGAGUCAAGACCUUUGUCACAA